AUGUUGAAACUAAGACUUGUUUUUCGAGGGGCACGUCAGUUUUCCGGUAGUGUGAUAACGAAGGUAAAUUGUGCAUCGUGUUCUAUAAAACUACAAGAUCAGGACUCUAGUAUAGCAGGAUACUAUACGAAGCCAAAGAAGCUGCCUGAUUCAAGAUCAAAGCCCGAUAUACAUGAUCUGAAAUAUUUACUGUUCAGUCAAGAUAUACAACUGUCGAAGCAAGCGGCUUUACAUGAUCGAGAUCACAUCACCACCACGGAUAUCGAAGAAACCAAAGACGAAUUGUCAUCAAGAAUUAUUUGCAAAAGAUGCAGCGAUGCCCUCCACCAAAAUCGUUAUGAGUUUAAAGAGUUUCCUGAGAGUGCAUUAGAUGAAGUUCUAAACUAUAUCCCUAAGAAUUCAAACGUUAUGCAUAUAGUUCCUUUUGUAGAAUUUCCUUUGCAUAUGAACCCUAAUAUUUUAAAAAGUCAUGAUUUGGAUGCCACAUUGUUGUUGACCAAAAGCGACCAACUGUUCAAGGACAAGACUUCUGUUAGCAAGAAGGUCCCUAUUUUUAUGAAACAGUUUCUGAAGUAUAAUUUAAGGAUCGACUCAAAUAAAACAUUUGCUAUAUCUGCAUUGAAAAACUGGAAUAUUUCCAUGCUUUACAACUCCCUCAGAAACUACACGUAUUUAUUGGGGAAUCCUAAUGUUGGUAAAUCAACUUUAAUUAACUCUCUUCUACAAAGAUACCUUGGGUAUAAAAUCAAAGUGAAUCCGACGGGCCAAAUCAACUCGCCUUCCAAAGAAGUGAUGCAAGAAGCUCUCAAUAAGCCGAGAAAUUUCUUCAGGACCCAGGCUGCUGGCGUAUCGCAUAUUCCUAAUUUGACUAGAUCCAUACAGGCUUAUCAAGCGUCUGGUAAAAUUAUUUUCGAUCUGCCAGGUUAUUCUAUGCCUACAUCUGGAUUGCGCUUAGAAGAAUUAUUCGAUAAAGAUUGGCUUCAAAGAAUACGAAAGACGAACUUAUUCAACCGUAAGCAGGUGAAGAAGAAAAAUUAUGAGUCGAUGUGCGGUACUUCACAAGGUGCAUGUUAUACCGUCGGAGGCCUUUUUUACUUGGUGCCCCCAGAAGGGUCCAUAAAUCAAAUCGUGAAGUACAUUCCAGGCCCAUCGACCAAAUUCAAACAUAUCGAAAAGGGUAUUGAAGUUUUUAGCUCGUGUGUUUCGUCGUCGGGAACGCAUGCAUUAUCGCAGUGUUGUGGAAUUAAAAGUCCAUUAUGCGACAAGGAGCAAUAUGCGCGAUAUGCAAUUCCACCUUUUGUUGGUAGUAUAGAGAUUGUACUAAAAAAUCUAGGGUAUAUUUUACUGCGAACCACGGGAAAGUAUGAUUUCAAAGGGCUUCAUGAAAUAUGGGUUCCAAGAGGUAUUGAUGUGUGCAUUAGAGAACCGCUAGAAAAACUAAUUGAAACCGGCUACGAACGUUAUAUGGAAACGGACGGAAAAGAAUCGAGUUGCCCUAGAGACAGGCCGAUCAUUAGUUCCCUGUACGAGGUGGCCAAAGAUGAAACGGAUGUUUUGAACAAAGUAAAGCGAUUGUAUUUGGAUAGAACGAAAAAUGAUUUAUCUGCCAGGAGAUUUGCUGACGAUGAUCCUUAUGAUCUAGUAAAACAAGAACCUGAAGAAAAGUCAAACCCGUAUUGGUAUUACCAGUGGUAA